CACUCCCUCCGGUGACGAGAAAGGUUGCGGAAAUCGUCGUCAUCAUCAGGCGCCUGGUAGAACUUGUUGGGCACAUUGCACAGUGUUGCGGUGAUUAAAGGGCGCACCAUGGAACCGCAGAAGGAUGCUCCUCCACCAAAGCAGCAACCCAUGAUCUACAUUUGUGGAGAAUGCCACACUGAAAAUGAGAUAAAGGCCAGAGAUCCAAUCAGAUGCAGAGAAUGUGGUUACAGAAUUAUGUACAAGAAAAGAACCAAAAGAUUGGUCGUAUUUGAUGCUCGUUGAUGUUCACAGAUCGCCUUUUUUUGUUUUGAUUUUUUUUUUUCUACUUGCUUUUUUUUCCACUUUGUUCCAACUUGUUUAUAUUUUCAGAAAAAUAAAUAUGUGAUGCUUUAGUUUGAAAUUGUAAAUUAUUACUUGUUUUGGAAUAAAGAUUUUAAAACCUGA